AUGACUCGCAAUACAGAAAAUUGCAAGGCUGCGGCGCUACCCUACGUGCCACCAACCCCUCCUACUGACGUUUUGGACCCGCCAGCGCCGCGCGCCGGGCCUUCCAACGCAGCUCAGGAGUCACCAGCCCCGUCGACGCGGAGUUCCCCAGCACUGCCACCCACGCCUUCGCCGUGCAGCAGAUGGGAGACUAUCCCGCUACCGACCUUACAGUACCUGGCAGCGGCGUACCGUUUGGAAGCUCCACCCGGGGCUCAGCGCUCUACGAUAUUCAGUUUCUGUCGAACGAACAGCUACCGAAUACUGUGGACCUUGAGUCAUCAAGUGAAGGGAAGAUACGCUUCUUCGGAGUCCACUGCCUGUGAUAAGUUCCUGACUCCUUAUGUGCUAGGUUUGCUUGAAUGCCCGAACACUCCAGCGUCGGUUCCUAUACUGUCCUACAAAUUGUUUGUGUGCGGUCGAGCUGGUGCCGGGAAGACAGCGACUGUGAGGCGCCUGAGCGGCUGCGUUCCGUCCACCGUUGGCAGUGCGGACACUCAGGGUGCUGAAGUCACUUGGAUCUAUUGGCCCCUGAAGAUACAAGGCAAAGCCUCGUUGUUUCGUCUUGAGCUCUGGGACGCCGGGGACGUCGCUUCGAGAAAGUUUCCUCACGUUUUACAGUACCACGUACCCGCAAGGAAGACGUAUCCCCAAGCGUGCAGAGCAGGAGCCGACGGAGUCCUGUUUGUGUUCUCGCUCACGGACAAGCGCAGUUUCGAGGAUAUUCCUCGGUUGAUGUCCACCUUUUCCGUGCCGGACCAGAAGUCUGUCGUCACUGUCAUCGGCUCUAGGAACAACAACAAAAAACACCAGGAAGCGCACCGAGGCAUGUUGUCUUAUUUUGGAUUGCAGAAGAAAAUUCAAUUGGAUCACGUCAAACAGGAAGUACGUCUGGGAGACGUGCAAGAGUUCGAGCGGAAAUAUCGAGUUCCUGUCUUCCUUAUCGAAAACGGAACCACGUGUGGCCUGGAAUCUGAUUUGGAAACCCUCGGCCCUGUCCUUAACGUCAUUUGCGAACAAUUGUGGAUCCGGGAUCAAGAUAAAUUCCUAGCGAAUUCAUCAUGGGAGACAGCUAGUGAGGAUAUUGAGAAGCGCUUGAUUCCUUCCAUCAUCCCCAUUGAAAUUCGGAUUGUUCAAAAUUCCUGGGUGGAACUUGAGAACCUCAACACUUGCACCAACAUGAUAAACAAACUGGAAACUGAAUUGGACGAAGCCAAUGCGAAGUUCCGCCGAAUUUUAACGGAAUCCUCCCAACAAAUCAAAUCCCUGUCGAAAAAGCUUGGCUCGUGCGUGGAAAAGGCCAGGCCGUAUUACGAAUCUCGAGAAGCCGCGAAAAAGGCGCAGUUGGACUGUCAAAACGCCGCACUUCACUUCCAACGAGCGACUGGGAUUCACGAAGCUGCCAAGGAAACCAUUGCUUUGGCCGAACAAAGGUUUCUUUCGCAAAAGGGCCAGUGGGAAUUUGACGCCGCUUGGCAGGAAAUGCUCAACCAUGCCACCAUCAAGGUCAUGGACGCGGAACAUCAAAGAGCUUUAUCUGAAAAAGCCCACCUUGACACGACAGCGGCGUUCGCCGAGGCGGAACUCAAGUUUAAGCGCUUGGAAGACAAGCUUCACAAGCACGCUUUGAAAGCGAAACCGUAUUUCGACCUGAAAGAUGUGUUCAACAACGACUUGCAAGAGCAAAAGCGACGAGUGCAAGAGUUGCAGAAAGAAAUCUCCAACGCGAAAUCAAAGUACUCGGACGCCCUGCAAAAUUUGGAAAACAUUUCUGACCGGAUCCACGCGAGGCGCAAAUUGGAAGCGUCCAAAUCUGACGUUGAUUUGGAUAUUCAGUUGGAGGAGGAUAGCUUUGACGGGUCCUACAGUGAUGUCGACCCCGACGACGAAGGGUUUGCCUCUGUUAGCAGUUCGGCGGGGUAUCAAAUGUCCGAUGCGGAGUCCGACUACGUCUACAAACACACCGAACACAUUAUUCAAUAGGGAUCAAUUCAUGUUUUCCAUGUACUUUACUGGUACUUGUAAUUUUCGCAGUUGUGCGGAAGAAACGAAAUGAGUUUAUACUCGAAUCUUGGGACAUUUCUAGUGUCAGACAUACGUAGUUUUUUUUUUUUUUCCUAAAACAUAUACAGUACUCCUCCUUGUCGAGAAACUCGUGGAAGUCUCCUUUUCGACACUGUAUUCUUAGAACUUCGAGAGUUUUCUUGGUUAAUGCGAUUGACUUUUUGAGGUGAGAAAUAAGAAGCGUUUGCGUAGAAAGGAUCCUAUGUUUAAGAUUAGUUGUAAAUUGUAUGUCCAUGAUAAGUUUCAGAGCUAGAGUCCAUGUUUUUUCAACACGUAUUCUGUCAAGUUUCUUCUUUUUGCGCCCGCGAUGGAGAAUUGAAUUCAAUGUAUGGUUCUCGGAAAUAUUUUUUUAAUUCGACUUCGCCGAUUUAUUUUGCUAACUCCGCGUGUGUGCGCGUCGAAAUAUUUUUUUAUAAACCGUGUGUCCAAAAUGUGUCUUGACUCGCAUUUUUGCAAUAAUUUCGAAGAAAGCUGUCGGGCUCGGGUUUUAAAAGUAUUCUGUGAGUUUGUUGCAGAAUUACGUCAUUAUUGGUAAACUUCAUACGAAUGCGUGAAAUUUAAUCCACGUCCGUUGGUGCUUUGGAUCUUUUUGAUGCAUGACCUGUGGGGUUUUUUUUUGUUUUUUUAUCUGCGAAAUAACCGUAAAAAUUUAACGGAUUCCCCCAGUACUGUGGAUAUAUUUGUUCGGUGAAACUUUCGUAGAUUUUGCUGAUGAUGAAUCUUUUCACGGGAAAAAGUAUUGUCUCUCAUGUGAUGCUUCGACGAUAUCAUUCUGCUCGAUUUUGCCGAACUAUUCUCAGCAGAUCUUUUUAUUUCGGCUUCACCUAGAGGAGAGAAAAUCGCGGUGAAAUUUUGUAGAUCUACUUCCUUGGACAAAUGCUUUGAUUGAGAGACAGGUCCUCCCUUUUUGAUACGCGCUUCGCACUCUCCAGUUUUGCAUUUUGUUUUAUGUCCUUUUUGUCGGCAAAAGUCUUCCCUGUCUUUAGUGAGAUUUAUUUGUUUUUCUUUGUGCCUCGCUCUUCCCUCGUGCCAAGUAAUCGGUGAUCUGUGCGGUUUGGCGUAGCAACAAAUAAUUGUCCGGAUUGAAUGUGUUCUAUGUGCCCUGAUGCUGUGCCAUUACCGUGGAAGUUGGGCGGUUUCUGAAUGUUUAGAUCUAUUGAAAGUUUUUUUGUUUGUUAUUCAGCACACGUCCCUUUCUGCAUUGGAAUGAGAAAUAUGAAACCUUGAAGCUGGUUUGAGUUGA